UCUAUGCGCUCAAUGCGUAAAACGGAACGCACCCAAACUCAACCGCUUUGUCUGACGAAAAUUCAAAUUUAAAACGGCUUGUUAUGGGAUGAUACGUAUCAAUAAAUAUAACCUCGAUGUGAUAUAUAAAAAAGUUUUCUCAAAUAAUCUGAAAUAGAUUGAAGGCAUAUCCUAAAAAGAAUAUAUAUAUAUAUAUAUACAAAGUACAUCAUCUCAUGUUAUUUGUGCAGUGAACUAACAAUAUGGAUAAGCAGGAUAAUAAGGAUAAUCUAGAAGAAGUAAUUGAUAAGCAAUACAAGAGAGUACAUCAACUUAAUGCAGCUACAACAUUGAUAAAGAGUAAACACAAUAUAAAAGAUGAACUUCAAGAAAUACAUAACAAAGUAUUGCAAGUCUCGUAUGGUAUUGAUAACAUGAGGACAAUUUUGAAGAGAAUGAAAGAACAGAAUACACAUUCUAGAAAAUUAUUGUCGCUGAUUGAAAGUUCGAACAAAAGAAUUUUACACCAAAAGGAGAAUGUUCCACCCGAGCUUAUACAAGGCUAUCAAAAUGCUGAUAAGCAAAAAGACGUUCAAACUCAAAUCACUUCUGCUACAGCAAAAAGUGCUAUGAAUUCAACACACAAAUUGAUGGGGCAACAACUAUCUGCUAAUAACAUAUCUGCUAUAUACGAUAGUGAUAUUAUUGAACAAGAAAUAAUAAAAGACUGUAAAAGAACACUUUUCAAUGAACCAAAAGUAUGCCCAACGAUAUUAUUUAUCAGUCCAGAAGAAUUUAAUAAAGUGCCUAAAUACAUUAUUGGGAGACAAACUUUGGAGACAAUUAAUAAUUUGAUAAGUGAUAUAAAUAAUACGCUAAUUACAAAGUAUACGAUCUUAUCAUUGGGGAAGGCUGCUGCUCAAAAGAGAGGCGAAAUUAAUCUGUAUCUACAGUAUAAAAAACAAGAGUAUAAUAUUAAAGAAGAAAAAGGAUACUUAUACUUCUUCACAGCUGAAGAUUAUUAUAGGCAAACCAAAAAAAAGAUUGACAAGACUAAAUUAAACUUAAUAACUGCAUUGCGCCAUUGCAAGCGUUUACGUGAAUGCAGAACAAAAAAUGAAUUGCGAUAUGUUAUAAUUAAUUAAUAUAAUCUUUAUUUUUUGUAUAAAUUCCUAAUCUCUUCUAUCAUUAAUUAAUAACUUUUAAAUUAAAUAAUUUUUUCUUAUGAAUGAAAAAAAGUCAUAAUUUAUUAAUAGCGUUAUUAUUAACAUAUACAGGCUGUUUAAAAAAAAAGAAAGAAGAGUUAGAGAAUUUGGAAGAAUAUAUAAUAAUCAUUAAAUUAAAUACAAAUCAACAUUAAAAAAAUGCUUGCUAUUUUUAUAACAUUACAUUAAUAACAGAAUGCAUACUGGAAAACUAAUUGUGUACAUAAUAAAUAUAUAUAU